AUGCAGCCAAUGGCCAAGCACAUCAAACAACUUCACCCGCUUGCCACCACAAGUCCCGAAACCAGGCUCUUGGCGCUUGCCAUUACGGUUUCCAAGACCAUGUACGACGGCGCCGUAUGCAGCAAUCACGGCCAAAAGGGACACCUGCAUGCGGACCAAGACUUGGAUCAAACAACCGUAGGAGACCCACGAGCGAUCAGUCCCAACACAUCAACUCGGGACUGUUGCCAACAGAUCCACCGGCGCAAGUAG